AGAAUAUGCAAGUCCAUUUUUAAGAGUAGGAAGCUCUAACUGACAUCUUUGGUCAUAUAAAAGAAGUAGAUGAGCAAAUUUUUGGUGUCAUAUUAGAAAAAUUAAGAAAGGAAAAAGUUUAAGACAUCAUUGGAUAUCUUUCAGAUAAAGGGACUCAAAGCCAAUUAGAAUCAUAUAUCUUACAAAAAGGAGAGAAUAUCACCCAGGCUGAUGUUAGAAAUGAUAUCAAAUUAAUCACAGAAGUCUUAAGAAAAUUAAAAGACCAUGGCUUCAAUAAGAUAGACUAUUCCUUUGAAGAAAAUGAAAAAUCCACAUAAAUAUUAAUUAAUAGAAUCAAGGAUAAUAGAUGGAUCCUUGAAUUUUUGUAAUUUUUAGUUCACCUCACAUCGAUUGAUGAAACUUUUAUAUAGGGUGGGUCUAAUUCAUUACAUAUAUUGGUUUAAAUGAAGGUUGAUCUUAGAAAUAAAAGUUUUGAAAAUAUUAAGAUUUAAAAUACUUCUUUAGUAGGAGCUAAUUUUGUUAGGUGUAAUUUUAGUGAAUCCUAAUUUUAUAAUGUCAACAUAAGUGGAAUUAAUCUGAAUGGAGCAUAAUUAUUUAAUUGUAAAUGGAAAGGCUUAAGAAUCAAUGAAUUGUAGAAAUUUAAUGGUCAUACUAAAUCUGUGUAAUCAGUUUGUUUCUCUCCGGAUGGAAAUACUUUAGCUUCUAGUGGUAAAGAUAAGUCGAUCCGUCUAUGGGAUGUCAAAAUAGGAUAAUAAAAAAAAAAAUUAAAUGGUCAUACUAGAGAAAUUAUGUCAGUCUGUUUUUCUCCUGAUGGAAAUACAUUAGCUUCUGGUAGUAAUGAUAAGUCUAUCCGUCUAUGGGAUGUCAAAACAGGAAAAUAAAAAGCCAAAUUAGAUUGUCAUUCAUAUGCUGUCUACUCAGUCUGUUUUUCUCCUGAUGUAAAUACAUUAGCUUCUGGUAGUGUAGAUAACUCUAUCCGUCUAUGGGAUGUCAAAACAGGAUAAUAAAAAGCCAAAUUAGAUGGUGAUACUCAUUAUGUCUACUCAGUCUGUUUCUCUCCUGAUGGAAAUACAUUAGCUUCUGGUAGU